AUGUGCGAAAUUCAAUUCGUAAAUGGUGGGCCGGUGGCAUCUCAAAAUAUGAAGAAGCAGUUCGAGAGUUUGAGAACUAAGGUGCAACGAUGUGAAGAGCUUCAAACGCAAAACCUAGAACUCCAAGAAUUUUCAAACACUACCCAAAAAAUGAAGAACGUUGAAUAA